UCUGCUUUUGAGAACUUAUCCUUCUGUGAAACAUUCCACAUGGGGGAUUCUGGUUGGAGGGAGUGCAAAAUGUGUGGGAAGCAUCUACACUGUGGGUGCAUUGCUUCAAAAUAUUUGUUCGAGUACUUAGAUUUUGGAGGUGUAGGGUGUAUAAGCUGCGCAAGGUGUUUGGAUGAUCAUUCCAUGAGACCAAUGCAGGUACCUGCUGAUGAUUUUCGUGAUAGCGCCUUCGGAACUAAUUUUAUACAGCCACUUCAUGUGGAAAAGGGAGUAGAUAAAACUAACUUCGACAAAGGAAGGCUUCCAAUAGUGAACAAUAUAAUGGAGAUUAGUGAGCCUGGUCAACCCUUUCAAAGUCAAAAGGAUGAGAAUAAUGUGUCUCUUGGGAAAACUAAACAAGAGAAGGUGCUACCUGUUGGUGAUGUUAGCACAUGCUUUUCGAAUCUCAACCAGCAGUCUAUAGCUUCUCUAUUUCGAGAACAAGACAAUAGCAAACCAAACCAAGGGGUAAAAGAAAUGUAUGACACGACCAAUCAGCCAUCACUAGAUUUCUCUUUGAGUACUCCUGUGGGUUGUUCAAGUUCGGGAUUAUCUUUUCCUGAUGGAGGGGUCGAAGGAAGGGAACAUGAAAAAACUCCCUUUCAACAGGGGCUAAGGACGCGCCACAUAUUGCUCAAGCCCCUCAAACCUAGUCCCAGUUUUGGUUCUGAUUCGAACAAAGAACUGCCUUCACAGACACGGAUUGCAAGGCCUCCUGCAGAAGGGCGAGGAGGCCGCAAUCAAUUACUGCCUAGGUACUGGCCUAGGAUUACAGACCAAGAGUUGUGUCAAUUAUCUGGAGACUUGAAUUCCGCUAUAGUUCCACUGUUCGAGAAGGUCCUAAGUGCUAGUGAUGCUGGUCGAAUUGGUCGUCUGGUUCUCCCCAAAGCAUGCGCUGAAGCAUACUUUCCUCCUAUCAACCAAUCAGACGGUCUGCCAAUAAGGAUUCAGGAUAUAAAAGGUAAAGAGUGGACAUUUCAGUUCAGAUUUUGGCCAAAUAACAACAGUCGGAUGUAUGUUCUGGAGGGUGUCACCCCUUGCAUACAAAACAUGCAAUUGCAAGCUGGUGAUACUGUGACAUUCAGUCGAAUUGAUCCUGGAGGAAAGCUUGUUAUGGGCUUUCGGAAGGCAACAAACAGUGUUGAGACACAGGAUCCUCAGUCCUCACACCUCCCCGAUGGUAGUGGCUCCGCAGAUACUUCAUUUACUGGCUUAACUGAAAACCUUAAUAAUGGAGGCAGGACCAGUGCUGAUUCUGUGCACCGGCAAGUGCCUGUUUCAGAGAAGAAAAAGACUACAAACAUCGGGUCUAAAAAUAAGAGGCUUCUCAUGCAUGCUGAUGAUGCCAUGGAGCUUAGAAUCACGUGGGAAGAAUCACAAGAAUUGCUCCGUCCACCUCCAACUACCCAGCCGACCAUUCUUGUGAUUGAGGACUGUGAAUUUGAGGCGUAUGAUGAACCACCAGUCUUUGGAAAGCAGACAAUAUUUACUUCCCGGCCUUCUGGGGACCAGGAACAAUGGGCUCAAUGUGACAGCUGCUCCAAGUGGCGUAGAUUGCCCAUGCAUGUUCUCCUUCCUCCUAAGUGGACUUGUUCAGACAACAUUUGGGACUCAAAUAGUUUUCUUUACAGAUGUUCCUGUUCGGCUCCUGAGGAGAUUAAAGCAAAGGAACUAGAAGCUUUCUUUAGAGUCAGUAAGGGUCACAAGAGGCAAAAAAUUGCCGGGAAAAAUGAAGAUUGUGAACCGUCUGGAUUAAAUGCCUUAGCAACAGUUGCUGUUUUGGGAGACAGCAUUAGCGACCUGGGAGAGCCUUUAGUUGGAGCCACAACAAAACAUCCUCGGCACCGUCCUGGUUGCACUUGUAUUGUUUGCAUUCAGCCUCCUAGUGGAAAGGGCAAGCACCAGCCUACGUGUAAGUGCAACGCCUGCUUGAGUGCGGAACGACGUUUUAAAACCCUCAUGCUGCGUAAGAAGAAAAAACAAUCGGAAAGAGAGGCAGAAGUUGCACAGGCAAAGGAUCAGGUUCCACCUAAAGAUGGAUCAGAAACAGAUGGGGCAAGUGGAGCUGAAUUGAUGAUGCAAACAAGUCAUUCUGAAAACGAAAGAAAUACAAACGGGGAUCACAUGGAGAAAGUUGGAGCUGGCAAGGGACAGUUGGACCUUAACUGUCAUCCUAACCGCGAAGAUGAAAUGCUAAUUGAGGCAGCAGCUGGAAUAAGCAUGACAUCUCUUAUUAAUGCUGCUGAUCUUCCACUGGAUAUGUAUCAAACGCAGAAUGGGCUCGCAACCUUGGACAAGUGUUUGCUGUCAUUAGCUACUGCUGGGAGUGAAGGACAGCAACCUGAUAAUGGAUGUGUCAGACCUGCUGAUGCUCAAGUACAGGAGAAUAAUGGUGACAAUGGGUAAUUUCGUGAUUCGGCCUGUUAAUAUUCUUUCUUUAUCUUUUAAAAAUAUUUUUUGAACCUUGGAAGGGGAGCCUUGCCGCAAUGGGGUAAGAGUGCUACCAUGUGCCUAGGAGGUCGCGAGUUCACCCGUAGAAAUAACCUCUUGCAUAUAUGUAAGGUAAGGCUUCAUAUUAUAGAACCAAUGUGGUCCAGUCUUUCCCCAUACCCCGGCAUAGUAAAAGCUUAUUGCACCGGGAUAUCCUUUUUAAAAUGCAUUAUUUAUCUGUUUUUUUCACACAUACGUAUCAUCUACAUUUACUAAAGUUGUUCUAUGUGUAAAUAGUUGAGCAUUUCAGGGAACAAUUUGUAAAUCUUGAUUCUUUAUGAUCUAAGUGCCUGUCUGGAACUUUUCUGCAGACAUCAUUUGAUUUUCA